CAGGCCCCACUUCCGGGCGGCGCCCGUUGCCUGGGAACCGCCGCUUCCGCUUCCUGCACCCCGCGCAUCCCCGGCGGCCGCCGGCGCGGAGCGGAGCCCCUCGGCCCCGUGUGGCCCCGGCCCCGGCCCCGAGGAGCCGCCGCCGCCAGCAGCGGCCGCCAGCAGCCGAGGGAAGCGGGCACGGGGCGAGGGAGGUCGGAGGGCGGCGGCGGAGGCCCCCAGCGCAUGGUCUCGGCUUGAGGGGGGGCGGCCCGGGGCUGGGCCUCCCCCACCGAGGGGCCUGAGGGGAGGCGCGGGGCCCUCGUAGGAGCCGCAGUCCCCGGGGGCUCCGUGCCGGGGGGCGGACGGCCUUGUGCUAGGCGGAGGCAGAACCCCUGGUAGGAGGCCAGCAGCGGCAUCCCUCUGCUGGGUGCCGGCCCUGAGGGCACGGAGGUGCUGAGGGAGGGGUUAGAAGAUGUUUCACGAAGCUGCUCGUUGGCUGCUGGGCCCAGGCAGCCGUUCCCGGCUUCGCCCGGCUGUCUUCUUGAGGGGUUAGGCUGGGAAGACCUUGCUGGACGAGGAAUGGCGGGCACGGAGGGCAGAAGCAGCUCUUCCUCCUCGUCCUCUGUCGUCGCGGACUGGAGCUUGGUGUUUUGGACUCUGUGUUCCGUCAUCGUGCCGGUGCUGAUCACGCUGUGGUGCAGCUUCCAGCGGUCCCGGCGGCAGGUGCUGAUACGUGACAUCUUUCGCAAGAGCAAACACGACUGGCACUACACCGAUCUCUUUGGUCAGCCCUCCUACUGCUGCGUGUGUGCUCAGCACAUCCUCCAGGGUGCUUUCUGCAACUGCUGUGGGCUGCGUGUCAGUGAAGGAUGCCUAAAGAAGGCUGACCAGCACUUUCUCUGCAAGGAAAUUAUGAUGAGGAGCGAUGGUAGAGCCCACAGCUCUAUGCCGCAUCACUGGAUCAGAGGCAACGUCCCACUCUGCAGCUACUGUGUGGUAUGCAAACAACAGUGUGGCACACAGCCCAAACUCUGCGACUACAGAUGUGUAUGGUGUCAGUGCACUGUACAUGAUGACUGCAUGCUGGAUUGUUUAAAGAUUGAGGAAUGUACAUUUGGAGAAUUCAAAGACUUAAUUAUUCCACCAUAUUACUUGUCCACAGUCAACCAGCUACGUAAAGACAAAAGAACCGAUUAUGAAAAGAUAGUACCUUAUGGCAGAAAACACUGGAUCCCAGUAAUCGUACUGGCUAAUACUCGUAGUGGAAACAACAUGGGUGAGAUUUUACUGGGAGAAUUUAAAAUUCUGCUGAACCCUGUUCAGGUUUUUGAUCUAAGCAAAACUACGCCUGCUAAAGCACUCCAACUUUGUACCUUACUGCCUUGCAAUGCUGUCAGGGUUCUUGUCUGUGGUGGGGAUGGUACAGUAGGCUGGGUCCUGGAUGCAAUCGAUGAGAUGAAGAUAAAGGGGCAAGAACGCUUUAUUCCACAAGUUGCUAUUUUACCUCUGGGAACAGGUAAUGACCUGUCUAAUACACUGGGCUGGGGUGCGGGUUAUGCUGGAGAAGUCCCUGUAGAACAAAUCUUACGAAAUGUCAUGGAGGCAGAUGGAAUCAAACUAGACAGAUGGAAAGUUCAGGUAACAAACAAAGGAUACUAUAACCUAAGGAAACCAAAGGUGUUCACAAUGAACAACUACUUUUCUAUAGGACCUGAUGCUCUGAUGGCUUUAAAUUUCCAUGCUCAUCGUGAGAAGACUCCGUCUCUGUUUUCCAGCAGAAUUAUUAAUAAGGCUGUUUAUUUUUUUUAUGGAACCAAAGACUGCUUAGUACAAGAAUGUAAAGAUCUUAACAAGAAAGUUGAGCUAGAGUUGGAUGGUGAGAGAAUUGAGUUGCCCAAUUUGGAAGGCAUCAUUGUCCUGAACAUUGGAUAUUGGGGAGGUGGCUGUAGGCUCUGGGAAGGAAUGGGUGAUGAACCUUAUCCCUUGGCAAGACAUGACGAUGGACUUCUGGAGGUUGUUGGAGUUCACGGUUCUUUCCACUGUGCCCAGAUUCAGGUGAAACUAGCAAAUCCUGUUCGUCUAGGGCAGGCACAUACAGUAAGGCUGAUCUUGAAGAGUUCAAAGAUGCCAAUGCAGGUGGAUGGAGAGCCGUGGGCUCAGGGGCCAUGCACUGUUACCAUAACUCAUAAGACACAUGCACUGAUGUUGUAUCACUCGGGUGAGCAAACAGAUGACGAUGCUUCCAGCGUGUCUGAGCAAGAGCAUGUGAGAGAACAGACAGAUGAAGAGGUAUAGAUGUUGUGGAAUGUAAUGUAAUACAAAGAAGAACUUCAGCCCAUUAAAAGCACUGAGAACACUUAACCUAGAUCAAGGAUUGUGCUGUAAGGUUCAUACUUGUAAAUGAACUAGGGUCGAGGAAAAAGCCGUGCUUUCACAUUCAUGAAAACUUUCACAGCUGAAUUACCACAACUGCUUUGCCUUUUAGGUUGAUAGUGGUACCCAGCCUUUCUAGCUGAGGAGCCAGUUACUCUGUCAGGGAAGGACCAGAUACAGAAGCCCUUCCUUGUUGUGGAAUCAGAUCUUCUGCACAUAUACAAUAUAGUAUGCAUAAGUUUUGAUACCCUUGAAAAGGGGAACAGUUGGAGUUCAGCCUGCUUCCACCUGUUAUUUUCUCCAGGAAUGCUUCCAGAACAGAAAAACAGACCAAGUAAAAUGUGGGCUGUUUUUUUUCUGUCAACAGCCUGCUGGUCCUGUCUGCCAUCUCUUCUUGGAAGUAGGACAAACUUUUUUGUGCUCCUGUGUGUGCAGUACAUACCUAGUAGGCCUGACUGGGAGAGUGGAGAUGUGGGGGCUCUUGGAAAGGCAGCUAGCAAGGAAAGGUAGUUUUGGACCAAAGGUUUCUGGAAAGGGUCUGUUAGCAAAUGACUUUUUCAGUGGCUUUGUAAGCCAUAGAUGGAGUAUUCCUGAGUACCCAAGAUACAACAUCAAAGUAAUUGUACCAUGACUUGCACUGAAUGAUCCUGUGACUGACUGCUUCAGUCAGCAAGAGAUUAAUUCUAGUUUUUGUAAAUAGCAACAUGUUAUAGUUCUAGAGGAGGCUUCUUGGAAGAAAACCUGGAGCUGUCUGUUUUAGCUGUGUUUUAAAGACGGUUUUAAAGAAGUAAUGAUAGCUGGCAAACCUUUUUUUCUUUUUUUUUUUUUUUUAAGAGGCUUGUUAAAGAUCUCGCUUUGUUACCUGGAAACAAUCAAUAGCAAGUCAGUCUGUUAACUGUUUCAGUUUGAAUUGUGGAGAUUGAGAGAGAGGUUUGCAGAGGUUAGCAAGUUCUUUUGUUCACGUGUAUCAUUUGAUGUGUGUGGAGGGUAAAUUUGUUUUCUAACUGGCUCUUAGGGGGGUCAAAGAUAAUUCGGCCUGAAUCUUCAUUUCUCAUAUGAAUACUGGGCCAGGAAAAGGUUAGUGGCCUAUCAUGGUAGUAAAGGUUAAGAACACACACACACCAGUACAAGUAAACGGUCAAUUUGACAUAUCUGAAGCUACUCAGGUUCCAAGCUUCUCAGGUAAAAACAUCUUCAUGUCUAACAGAAGUAAAAACCUGCUUCCUUUUUAGUUUUCCCUUAGAGAUAUUUUAAGCCUGCAGCACGUGAGACAUGUGAGUUAAGAUUUUGAGGUUUGUAACUAAUAAUUCAGUUAAGUCCAGUUGAGUUCUUGAAUAAGAAGAGAAUUUACGCUGAAUGUAUAUUGCAUAAGCUAAGAUCAUAAGAGAAGUUGAGGGGCAUUGAUCAUAGCUUUGAAUGUUGCUGCUUUUGUCAAACUGCCCCAGUCACUUUUUUUUUUUUCAUGCUAACUGAAAGCAAAACCAUUGGGUAGAUUGUGUUUCUAGGUUUUGUAAAAUGAAACUGUUUUUCAGCAAUCUAUAAAACAAAGUUUGCAUUAACAGUGAAGGAACUAUUUAUAUUUUAAAAUAAUUUAUUUAAGCCUUGGAAAUGUCAGUAUUUUUAGAAUCUUCAAUUGUAAUCAUCUUUGGAGAGCAUUUUUAAACUGAUGGUAUUCACUCUAGAAAGUGUACGUGCUAGAUCUUAAAAUACUACUGAUUGCCAGUGAAUUUUUAGUUGUCUGGAUAUGUGACCAGAGUGUAACGAACUGUAAAACAGAAGCCACUUGUAAAUUCCAUAUUCAUUAGCCUCCCACACCUCAUCUUAAUUAUUUUAUAGUAUGUAAAUACAGAGGACAAAUUUAUUGUUAAGUCUAUAUAAAAUGUAUUUAAAAUACACAAAAACAUGCAAUGUUAGAUAAACCCAGUAUCCUAACCUUUUGUUGCUGUUGUUAUGGAGGUUCAAUUUGUAUUGUAGCUUCAAAAGUCUUUCUAGUUAUUUAUUUUUAUUUGGAUAAUUUACAGGCAUUAGCAUCCCCAAAAUACUUAAGUUCUGUGCUAUGUAACUAUUGUUUACAAACAACUGACAAGUCUCUGGAAAAGCAGGGUAUGUGUUAUGAAGGGCAGUAUUUUGUAUACUUAAUUUAAACUAUUCAGAAUGCAGUUUAAAGAGCUAUCUAAAGUUGAUCAGAUGAUUAUUCGAAUUAUUUUGUAUCUUAAGAAUCUUUAACAGUUCAAAAUGUUCACUUCUUAAACUCCCAACAUCCUGAAAAAUAUGUGACGUGAAGACUUUGAAAGCUUCCUUUUUUUUUCCUCCAGUCGGUGAGCUGACUUUUCCACAUCUGUUUUGCCUGAAUGUGUACCAGUGAUAUUGUACUAUGUUUGUGCAGACUAGAUCCUCACACUUACUGCAGGUUGUUAUGAAUCCAGUCCUAAAUGUGUGAAAUACUCUUUGGGAAAUGCAAAUGUAUCUAAUUGAGCACUUUUGGGGGAGAACCCCCAAGAAAUGGUCUUGUUUGUAUUGGACAGAUCAUCAUCCCCAUCUUGCAUGUGGAAGUGAAAAAGUUUGACUCUUGGUGAAUGCAGGAAAUGGUAGACAGCAUGUGUAGCCUUUUUAGGCAUGGAAAGCCUCUUGUAAAAUUGUAUUUAUGGUAUGGAGAAUAUUCUGUAAGUAUCCGGUUCCUAAGCAGAUGUGUGGUCAUCCUUCUAUUAUAAUUAUAUCAUUGUCAUAUGCAUGACAAAAAAAAAAAAUCUUUUUAAACAUACGAUGUUAGCACUAGAAUCUGCUGGGAAGUCUUUGGGAAGUCUUGCUGUGUCCAACACACCAUCCUUUGAUUUACAUGUGUCCUCCUUUCCAGUAUGUUGCAAAUUGUCCUGAAGUUGUUAUUAGUCCAACUUGAGAAAGCUCAAACAUAGUACACAGGCUCCCAGAUUCUAAUGCUGACGUAAAUGAACUUCUCUAACUUAUAAUAUAGCUGUAGUUGCUUAAUGUUGUCAUGUGUGUUGUGGCUUUAAAACUGCUACAUGUUUUUUUUAAUGUUGUAGGUGCAUAAAGCACCAGUACAAAUAGCAACUGUAUAGAUAGCUCUUCUGAAAACAGAUCAGAAACCUGAAAAUACUGCAGUACGUCCUUUACCCAGAAGAGGGUACUCUGCAGCUGGAGCUCAUGCCCUGUGUGGAAAUAUUCUCCCAUGCCCUCUUACUGACUAAUGUUGGGGAAAAUAGUGACAAAUAAUGAAUAGUUUCUUCUGGCAGUCUUCAUGCAGUAUAACUUUGCUUAAAAUGUAUAGAGUGAAUAAUAACAUAUAUUGUCAAGCACUCAAAAAUGAAUUCACUAAAACUAUUUUUAAGUUUUACUGCAGUAUAGGCUACCUUAACAGAAGUUUGGUCAGAUGCUGAUAAUUUCCUUUAUUGUAGGUUCUCAAUCCUGUGAAAUGCAAACAGCAAACUUUAACUUAUAUGGAGAGUCUUUCUGUGCGUGAGCUUCCUGCCUUACUCAAAGCUAGUUUGUUUACGUGUUCAUUGAGAGGGGGUAUGUGUGUGCAUUUUCAUAUGCAUAGAGAUUUGUCAUAGGUUUUGUUUUUACAUUUUUUUUAUCCUCUACUUUGAGCAAUUCAUAGCAAGGUUAAACUGUUCCAAAUACCACCUGCCUUUUGUAUCUUUAUCCUUGUAUGGACUAUUUAAAAAGGUGUCUGAAGUCCAAAGGUGCAUUCUUCGUCUUUAAAAACAGCUGAGGUGGAUGGCAACCACAUUCAGCUUUGUUUUCGUUCUACUGCAAUUGUGAGAUUUGUUUCAAAUUAAUUUGAACUUAUGCUCAAACUUGAAUAUUUUUCUCAGCUCUGUUAUGAAUUGCAUUUUGUUUUCCUAAUGUAAAGAUGGUAUAGCUUAAUUUAUGCAUGUGAUAACCAUGUAUGUUCAGUUUUCUGUUGCCCCUUCAUAGUUUUGUGUUUUCAGGUCUUGCUUUUCUUAGGCACUGAGUAACUUGGAACACUGUUUACUAUAGUUAGAAGCUUUAAGUACUGUUCUUGGAAUGCAGACUUGAGUUUCUCCUGGUUGCACAAGAAAAUGCUACCAUGUUUGAACACGCUUGGAGAAAAUUGUCAUCUUAAAGUGAUGUUUAUAUCAAAAGUUUUAAAAAUAUAUAUAUAUAAUUUCA